CUCUUGUAACGGAAAGUUUGCCGCUGAUUUUUGAACGGAAAACUCAAAUAGAAAAAAAAAAAACCAAAAAAGCAGUUUUUUGAAAAAAAAUUUAAAUUUGAGUUCGCAUUGCACAAAUCUUUCGAUCGUGUUUGGCUUGCAGGCUAAAAAAGAUUUCUCUGGCUGUCGUUUUUGUCACACUGUGCGGCAUUCGAAAAGAUUUUCAAUAAAUUAUCCAAAAAGAAAAGAAAAGAAAAAAUUUCUUGUGUGAAAAGUGCUGAGUGUGCUGCCCGGAAAUUGGGACGAUUCGAAACUUAAUUACUUGGCAAUAAGUUCUCUCUUUUUUUGUUAAAUCACUAGAAUAAUAAAUAAACAAGCAUUCGAACACGACGGUUGACAUAGUUUCACUCCUCCAUCCAUCCAUCGAUCCAUCCAUCCAACCAAUUUGGAAUUCAGUUUUUGUGUGUGCGUGGAAUAUUUCAAUUCGAAAUUGAAGUGUUGGAAUCAGAGCUUUUCAAAUAAUAAUCCCAUCCAGAAAUAAAACGAAGGAAUAACAGAAGAAAACUCAAAUAAAAAUGCUGCCGAACAAAGCUAAUUGCCUUAUGGCUGGAUUAGUCUUAUUGCUGACUUGUUCGCAGGUAUUCUCCUAUCCGCAGUCAUUCCCUGACGAUGACCAGAUGCAGGCAGACGACGAUUUUGAAUAUGAUACAGAUGACCAAAGUGCGCCCAGUCAGCAGAAUAAGCCAGCCAAUCCAACUUCAACCAAACAUGUUUCACAACAAGAAACCAAAACCGUCAAGGUGACUGGAGUUUUGGGUAAAGAUGUGGUACUCAAGUGCGACUUGGAUAUUGAUAGUAAGAGCGAAGUACUCUGGUAUUUUGGCAACAAUGUCGUCACCACUGGCCACAAUGUGGUCCAGACCAACUUCAAAGUGGAUGCCAACUACGAUUUGACCAUUCUGAGGGCCAGUCCAAAGGAUGCUGGCGACUAUCAUUGCGAACUUUUGCCCCAGAAAAGUGUACUAAACAUUCACGUCAUAUUGAAUGAGCAUCACUCGCUGGAUGCCAUUGCCCCAGAGAGUUCCACAUCGGCGGCUUCACAGAGUAGCUGGAUUUCGGGACAUACGAUGGCCAUGUGGCUUCUACUUCUGACUGCUCGCAUUCUACUGCAGCAUUAACUUAAGUUUUUUCUUAGUAUUAAAUGGCAGAGAUUUACAUUUACAUAAAUUUUACAUACAUACGUAUAACAAAAGGAGAAGCCGAAUAUGGAUUGAAAAUAGCUGUAUGAACAAAUUUAGAUACCAAGAGAAAUUUAGAAGAGAGAAAAAAUCACACCGUCUAUUCGAUAUAAUUUGAAAAGUUUUUAAGUCUUGUUAAUUGUGCAUAUUUUUUGGUAUUUGUAAAGACAAAAUCUAUUUUAUUUAUUAAACAAAAAAAGAAACAAAAUUGAAAAGAUAAAUGAAAAACAACCAAAGUAUAUAAAAA